AUGGCUCUGAACUGUCCAAGCUUGCCACCAUCAACUCAAAACUUGAUUGCCAACCCCUGUAUUGCCGGAAGAGUGUGUCUAAGACAGACAGAUUUUAAGCAACUGGUAGCUUAUUCUUCAAUUAAUCAUAUAGGAAUUGUAUGUCUAGGUCUCUAUAGUAAUACUCUAACAGGUAUAGAGGGAGGAAUUCUACUAUCCAAUUCCCCAAAGGAAGACUCGUUUGUGUUAGACUCCUCACUCUCAUCGGUGAUAUUGUUGCCGUUCACGAGUGUGCAGGCUACGCAUCACACUCAGCCAAUCAGUUCUGCUUGUGGGGCCAUUGAACCCGGCAAGAAAGAGCGGGUCUUCUCCUUGGUAACAAAUGGACUAAGGAAGAAGUGUUGA